AUGAGAGGGAGAAUGGGAACCCAGGGCAGCCCUGUAAAAAGCUACGAUUAUCUGCUGAAGUUUUUGUUGGUUGGCGACAGCGACGUGGGCAAAGGAGAAAUCCUGGAGAGUCUUCAAGACGGGGCAUCGGAAUCGCCGUACGCCUACAGCAACGGAAUUGAUUACAAAACCACAACAAUUCUGUUAGAUGGCCGAAGGGUCAAACUGGAGCUCUGGGACACAUCUGGCCAAGGCAGAUUCUGUACUAUUUUCCGAUCCUACUCCAGAGGAGCCCAGGGCAUCCUCUUGGUGUAUGACAUCACCAAUCGCUGGUCUUUUGAUGGCAUAGACCGAUGGAUCAAGGAAAUUGAUGAGCAUGCCCCCGGCGUGCCCCGGAUCCUGGUGGGCAACCGCCUUCACCUGGCCUUCAAGCGGCAGGUGCCCACGGAGCAGGCCCGAUCCUACGCAGAGAAGAAUUGCAUGACCUUCUUUGAAGUCAGCCCGUUGUGCAACUUCAACGUGAUUGAGUCCUUCACCGAGUUGUCCCGCAUUGUGCUGAUGAGACACGGCAUGGAGAAGAUCUGGAGGCCCAACAGAGUCUUCAGCCUCCAAGACCUCUGUUGUCGGGCCAUCGUCUCCUGCACGCCGGUCCACCUGAUCGAUAAGCUGCCUCUCCCGGUCACCAUCAAGAGCCACCUGAAAUCCUUCUCCAUGGCCAACGGCAUGAACGCCGUCAUGAUGCACGGCCGCUCCUACUCCCUGGCGAGCAGCGGAGGGGGCAGCGGCAGCAAAGGCAACAGCCUGAAGCGCUCCAAGUCCAUCCGCCCGCCACAGAGCCCGCCGCAGAACUGCUCGCGGAACAACUGCAAGAUCUCUUAG